AAAACGUGGAUCAAUACUUUGAUAUUGGACGAGUACAGCGCCACUUCCGGUCGUCGAAGACGCGUGUGCAACCGAAACCGAAGAGCGCAACUCUGAAGGAGCUCUUCGUCGUUCUUUCUUGACAAUCGUUGCACAGAUAUCCACAUUUGAAACCAUGUACUGGAUCCUGUUUCUGUCUGUGGCUGUUGCUGUUCAGGCAUCAAUCUACUUGCCUCCUCCAAUUAAGGAGGAUCAAUUGCUGACCGAUACUUUUCGGGAAUUAAUCAACCAAAUGGGAAAUGAGCUCGUGGACGCAGCUGACUCAUAUCUAGAACAGCAAGACAAACCUAAGGAAAUUCGUAUCGAACUACCCGCUGAUUACGAUGAUAUGGACACGUUGAACCCCAAUCCCAGCAUCCGUGAUCAGGAAUAUUUACGGCACAGUACGUUAUGGAGCCAUCAACGCAUGAACAAUAAUGAUCAAGCAAAUGAUAGACAGAUUAAACCUGGAAAUAUAAAAUAUAUUAAAGAUGAGAAGACGGAGAGUGCUUUGCCGGCAUAUUGCACGCCUCCGAAUCCUUGUCCGGUUGGAUAUACAAGUGAGAACAACUGCAUUGUAGAUUUUGAAAAUACAGCUGCAUUCAGCCGGGAUUACCAAAGUGCACAAGAUUGCAUGUGCGACACCGAACACAUGAUGAAUUGUCCUGUUGAUUCUACGAAUAGUAACAGUCUACCAAGCAUGCACAUUCCAAAUGCCAAUUUCAAUCAGAUUGUCGAUCAGUUUCAAGCUGAGGAUAAUCCAUUUUUCCGAGGUGAAAAGUUACCAAUUGCAGCGAAGAAAGGUUUAAAUGUUGUUUACUAAAAUAUACGGCAUACCUCCUAAAACUACUUUAACGUAUGAACCAAAAAUGUUUUACAAUGUAUCAAUAAAUAUCUUAGGUUCAGUAUACCAUUCCAUAAAAGAUACAAACAUCAAACGGCAGAUGAAUUUAUACCUAUAAAGAAAGAUAUUACAUAAUUUAACGAUGGUGGUGCUAAGAUUACACAAAUAUUUUAAUAUUAUAAUAAUAGUAUUACCUCCAAUGAGAAAUGACUUAGAAUCAAUGUGUAUAUGUGUGUACAUAUUUUUAAUCUAAUAUAGAUGUGUGUUUAAGAAUUAAUCGUUUAAGAGAAUCUUCAAUUAUAAAAAUUACUGUUAUUUCGUGGAAUGGUAAGUAAUAGUAAAUGCAACAAUGUUAAAUAAUUUAUCUAUCCGUGAAAUAUUUAUGUAUUUUCUUUUUCUUUAACAGGCAAUAUAUCUCGUGAGAUAAAAGAUUUUAUGAAUUUUAUAAAUGUACUACUUGUCGACUGUAUUUUAGUUCCACAGCGAUAUAGAUCAAAUACUUUCAUCACUAAAGCAUUCAGAAAUACAUUUUUUUUUUUAAAA